AGUUGGCAGUCAAGGAGGGAUGACUCUCAGAUCACACAUGGAGCAAACUCAAAGCAAAAUCGAGGGUAGCAAAGGACAGGUGGGCCUUGGGCCACGCCGGCAGGGAACUUCUCGUGCCGGUCAAAAGCGUAGGCGGGGGGGAGAUGAAAGUGGCCUGCAACCACAGAAAAAGACUCGUGUGUCCUCUCGAAAGGCUGGUACGGCCAAGGACCGAACGAUAGCGUUCUCCAUCUCUGAGGAGGAGAUCGAGUCUUGGCCAGAAUUGAACACUUUGGACAUGUCUCAAGUCCCUCUCAAGAGGACCUCACCGGGUCCGACGAAAAAUCCCAAGGAUAUAUAUCGUGUAGAAUUCCGUGUUGCGUCUCUUAUGCGCAAAAAUAGAACACCUCACAAGGAAACGUUUGUGUUUCCGUACCAUAAAAACUCGGCAUCUAUCUGUGCCUUCACUGGUUAUGUAGAAUCAACCCAGUACGACCUCGACAACUCUAUGCUCACCGUGCUAGAUGCGUCACAGGCUUACGAUAUGUCACCCGAAGAAUUUCAGGCAAUGGUCGAUGCUGGUGACCCUAUCAUCUUGACGGGACAGCAGCAGUCAGUCGAGUUCGACGUUCCAACCCUUUUCAACCUCAUCGACUUUCGGUCCAGUAUGCUCUGUAUAGAUUCCGAUGCAGUGGACGAACUGUUCGAGAUUUCCGCGCGGGAAGCUGCAUACGAGAUGUGUCAUUGGCCAACAUCUAGGCCGCUCAUCGUCGAGCAUGCCCCAACAGCUGCGAGCCUAUAUCAACCGGUGGAGAGGCUCCUUAACACUCAUGGCGUGGCCCUGGCGGACUUUGCAUUGGAUGAUCAUCAUGUCCGAGACUGGCGAGGCCCAAUGAUCUCCGCCGUUGGAUCCGUGCAUCCACCCCAUCAAAACCCGAACGGCCUUGGGAUCAGCCUCUAUUGCGCUAGUGGCCAUGUGGUUUUUUUCAUCCCGAUUCUCGAAGAAAGUCAAAAGCUGAUCGUGAAUUUCGGUGAUGUGGACGUGCAGACCCCAUUGGGGUUCGAGUACUUGUACCAGGCCCCACACCGGUACGGUUCAUUCGUGCUUUCCGCAGGUCAAACAGUCGUAUUUCCGCCUGGGCAAAUAUAUGCCUAUGCGACGAUUUCAAAGGAGGGAUCGACGAGCCAUGGAUGUAUCAUGCAUGGGUCGUACUUCCUCGCUGCGGGGUGCAUGAGAAGAUCUCUUAUGGCGAGUUGGUUGGAUCGAAGUUCCAAUGACGAAUCUACGAUCGGGGACUCAUCGGUGACGACGUCCUUGAUUGCGAUGGUGUUGAAGGCGGUAGACGCCCUGUCUACCCCUGACAAAGAAAUUGUCCAUUCCCCCGAUACCGCGAACCUCUUUUCAUUAGCAUCGAUGGCGAUGAUGUUCCUCGGAACUCAUGGGCCAGAUAUGAUGAAAAUAGCCAAAGCUCUGAGUCGCCAUUGUACCGAAGAGGGCGUGCGCCGAUACCUUCGGAUCGCGAAUCAUGCGUACAAAGAGGAUUGCCUUACUUCCCGCGAGCGUGAAGAAUACGAUAUAAUGGCAACUUUCUUCCGUCGCAGUAUGAUGACUGCGGUUAAGAACAUGUUUUCUUCCGAAGAGUAAUGUGCUUGUAUUCUUUGUAGUUUAACGCAUGUACUCGAAUAACAUUUUUGCAUGGG